GCGAGGCUUCUCUCAAGUCCCCUUCUCACGCCCUCUCUCCCCUCUGUCUACCCUCGCUUUCAACCCCAUCCCUUACCGUUCUCUCACUCAGUCGAGUCUGCCAUAGCUGUCCCUGGCAUCGGCUUCGUCCUCCACCAUUGACAGGUUCGUCUUCCUCCCUGCUCUCUCUGUCUACCUUCGACCGUUCUACCUUCGUCUUCCUUCCGUCUUCCACCAUAGGCGCCGUUCUCCCUUCGUCUUCCUCCCUUCUCCUUCUGUCUACCUCCCGCAUUCAUCCACCACUAGUUCGAGUCUUCUCCCUUCGUCUUCCUCCCUUCUCCCUCUGUCUACCUCCCGCAGUCCUCCAGCACUACAUCUCCUCGCAUCUACUCGCCUUCUUGCCUUCGAAUCUGUGUUGAACAAGGUCGUUGCGUUUGCCUUCGAAUCUUUGAGAUCCAUCACAUACGAGAACCGUUGCUGCGUUUGCUUCCAGUUCCAUGUCGUUGAAUAGGGUGAUGGGCGGCAGGGGGAGGUUGGGCCCGAUUCAUGAGUGACAAAGAGAUGGGUUUUGGCAAUUUUUUUUUUUAAAUUAUAAGGGGACUUAUCUCUUGAAAUGGGUUGGAAAGCAGCUGAGAAACUCAUUAGGCAUUGGAAGGUUCUUAGAGGUGACAACGUAAUGAUUAUACGGGGAAAAGACAAGGGCGAGACUGGGGUUAUUAAGCGUGUAAUCCGCUCUCAGAAUCGUCUUAUUGUUGAGGGAAAAAAUCUGGUGAAGAAACACAUAAAGCAAGGGCAAGGUCAUGAAGGGGGGAUCUUUACUGUUGAAGCCCCAAUUCAUGCCUCAAAUGUGCAAGUUCUUGAUCCAGUGACAGGGAAGCCUUGCAAAGUUGGGAUUAGAUACCUUGAAGAUGGUACUAAAGUCAGAGUGUCCAGAGGUAUAGGAGCAUCUGGGUCCAUAAUUCCCCGGCCUGAGAUCUUAAAGAUAAGAACAACCCCAAGACCUACAGUCUCUGGUCCCAAAGAUACUCCAAUGGAUGUUGUGCUGGAGAAGACUUACGACGCCAAAACUGGGAGGGGCAUGCCUGACCUUUAAAGAGAUUAUUUGCUUCACUAUUGCAGUGUUUGGCAAAUCGCUUUCGAAUGGUUAUGGUCUUAAAAAUCGACCUUUGUUGCUCCACUUCCCUGCUUAAAUCUAAUACCUCAGCAACACUAUCAUGUCAAGGAAGUUCCUAUUGCAAAUGUAACUUAGAAGGUUAGCAAAAUGUUAAAUCAAUUUAAAUAAUGAAUGAUUCUUCUGGAAUGUUGUCUAAUUAAUAGAUGGCACCUUCAAAAGGUCAUUUUCCUUCACAAAAUGUAGAAGCCGUUGGACUAUGCUUGCUUACAUGAUCCAUAGUUGAAGAUGGAUUUUUAUUGCCGCCACUUA